GGAUGCCUCACAGCUCCGACAGCAGCGACUCCAGUUUCAGCCGCUCUCCUCUCCCUGGCAAACAGGGCUCAUCAGACGAUGUGAGAAAAGUUCAGAGAAGGGAAAAAAAUCGCAUCGCUGCCCAGAAGAGCCGACAGAGGCAGACACAGAAAGCAGACACCCUGCACCUGGAGAGUGAAGACCUGGAGAAACAGAACGCGGCUCUGCGCAAGGAGAUCAAGAGGCUCACAGAGGAGAUGAAGUACUUCACGUCGGUGCUCAGCAGCCACGAGCCCCUGUGCUCCGUGCUGACCUCCAGCCUGCCCUCACCCCCCGAAGUGGUGUACACCUUCCACCAGCCGCACGUCAGCGCCCCGCGCUUCCAACCCUGA